CUGCAAGUGGCGGCCUCUAAUAUGUUUUGAUCCACAAUUUGAUGUCAAAUUAACCACAAACAAUUCGUUCACCUUUAUAAAUCUUAAGGCUUGUUAGAUUUUUUAAUGUGUGAUCCAGCACAUCAUAAUAAUGACAAAAUACUUCUAUAGUUUUGUAUUCUAUUAGAUGUGAUUUGAAAGAAUAUAUUUAUUAUUAGGAUUGUGAAAAUGACUGAAACUACUUUAUCUGACCAGCCUUCGGAAGUUGUAGAUAUGAAAAGUAGUGUUAAAAAUAAAGAAAGAGGAGAUCGAUACAGUUUCUAUAUUGUUGAAAGUGUUAUAAGGGCUUGUGAUGAAUUAUAUCAGUACUGUUUGAUAAACAUGGAUUCAACUUUAUGCCACGAAAUGGUGAUUUUCUUGCAAAGUAUCGCCUAUGAUUUUGUUGCAUUAAAUGAAUGGAUUAAAUUAAAGGCUGUUUGUAAAGAUUUACCUCCGCCUGUCCGCACCAGUGUGUCACCUACUAGGGUAUCACGUCAUCUCAGGAAAAUGUCUCGCACCCGUUCUUUUAGGAGAGCAAAAUCUGAACCAGGACUUAACAAAGCUCAUUUUUCAUUUAAAGAAGAAAAAAAUAGAAAUGCUCCCAAAUCAGCUGGAGUAAAUGUUUCUGCUCCAGACUUUGUCCCAGCUUUUUCUUCCGAACACAAUGUUGAAACUUCGUGGAAUUAUGGUUUGUCAGAAAGUGAACGAAAUUCUUUUAAUAAUCCAACAAUCCAAUCACAUAUUGAUCCAAAGACAGGAAUUCAUAACCAAUUCUAUUCCCAUUCAUCUGUGGGUUAUAGUGAAGAAGAGAGACAUUUAAAUGCUAGUCUUGUUAAUUUAUCUUAUACUCAGAAUGUAUUACCUCCAAAUUUUUGGCAAUAUUCUACUCAAAUAAAUCUCAAUCCUUUUCAGCAUCCAACUUUACAAGUUCCUCAUCAUUAUAUUCCUCAUGUUCCACAUAUUCAUUUACCUUAUUCUAUGUACACUAACACUUUAGGAGCUGGAAAUAUGUAUCCUGUUGGUCCUUUGGGAAAUGUAGCAGAACAAAUGCAGUGUUCUAUAAACUCAGGAAUAAACCAUUCAUUUGUAUAUUCAACCAGCGAAACUUGUUUGCAACCAUUAGAUAUUGUUAAAAAUGAUUCAGAAGACAGACCUCAAAGUUCUUUUUCUGAUAAUAGUGAUAUAGUUAUCAUUUGUAAUAAAAGUGAAGUUUCUAAUUCUGAUAAAAAUGAAAAAGACAAAGAUUUGAAUUGUGAACAAGAUACGAGCAAGAUAAAAGACGUGAAAGAUGAUUCUUUACCUUUGAUUACCUCCGAUUUAAAAGAAAAUUUAUAUGUUAUGAAUGAAGUGAUGGAUGUUAGGGAGCAUCAGAAAACUCCUGAGGAAAUUUCAAAUGAAAAGCUAGAAAACAUUAUCUCAACCACAGAACCACUUCCACCUGAUAAAAUUGUCAAUGAAACUUCUAUAAUUGUGGAACCUCAAAUGCCUGAGCAGAUAAUUUCUUCACAAAACAAAAUUAUCUUGGGUCUUGGUGAAGAUGAAUGUCUAAUUCAUUUUCCUGAAUUGAAAUCAAACUAUUCCCACUCAAAACAAAAAAUUCGCAACAAAACAACUGUAAAAAUCAAUAACAUUAAACCAUCCUAUGAGCUAACAUGUUCAGGAAACACUCCAACACUUUUAAAUAACAAAUCAAAUAAUAAAUCACAUUCUGAAAAUUCGAAUGAAGAAAGAGGGACUUUCUCCAAGUUAUUUAAAACAUCAUCGACUAUAGAGAAACAAGCUGUCCGUCCAUUUGUGAAUUCAAACAAAAAGAAAGUGAAAAAUACCAACUCACAGUUACCUUCUUUUUCAUUAAAGCAGGGCAAUACAAAGGCAGCAAAAGAAUUGGUUGAAAAAACAAAUACAACUAUUUCAAGCUAUGUUGAUGAUGAAAAUAAUGAUUCAGAUGGAUGGGAAACUGUUAAAAUAAGGUCAAAAUGGCGUGACCAAACUGAGUUCAAACAAUCAAGAACCAGUGUUAGGAACAAAAAUUUACAGUGUAUUAAUACCAUUGCAUCAUAUGAAUUUGGAGCAAUGAUAGCAUGUGAUCCUGAAAAUAUUAUUAAACCAUCUGCCACAGAUGAAGAUUCAUCACUAUCAAAAUCUAUUAAUGAUAAAACAUUUAAAAUCAAACAGAAAAAUAUCCAAGGAGGUAAUAUAAUUGAAAAAAGCCUUGAUAGUGAAAAAUGUGCUAAAAAAGGGAGACGCAACUCAUCUAAUUAUGCUCAGAAAAUCAAUGGCAAUGCAGAAAAUAAACAGACUGAACAUAUAUCUUCUCGUGAUAAAACUGAAAAAAUUGAUCCUAAUGAGAUGUAUUCUGCAUAUAUGCAGUAUAUUAACAAUGUCGAUGAAGAAAACCAAGAUUCUCAAACAAAAAAUGAUAAAUCAAUUUUACAUCCGGAUGCUGGUGAAGAAAUUCCUCAGAGUGUGGCUUCUUUGGAGGAAAUGACUGAUUUUGUAAAUCGUGACCCUAUUCGUGCAUUAGAAUUUAAAAGGAAACUAGCUGAUGAAAUUAAACAUCAAGAAGAUGUAAAACGGAGGAAUGAGGUUAAACAACAACAAGCUCAAAAGAAACGGUUACAAUUUUUACAGUGUAAAACUGCAAAAGUUAGAGAAUUUGUUCAAAAAGUUGAAGAAGUAAAAGCUGCUCAACACCAAUUGGCUUUACAAAGAAAAUCACGUAUUGAUUUGAAGUUGAAAAAAGCUGAAGAAAAUAGGAACAUGCACCUUAAUAUUAUCAAGAGAAAGGCACAUGAUGAAGAAGAAAAACUAAAAGAAAUAGCCUUCAUUAAUGAACUCGAAGCACAGAAUCGUCGUCAUGAUUCAUUGGCAUUGAGACAAGAGCACGAAGAAAGGUUACAAUGUUUAGUUGAAGAACGACAAAGAAGACUAGAAGAAAAAGCAGCUAGAGAAGCUGCUGUUGAAGAAAGAAGAAGGGUUUUGGAAGCUGAAAGACAGGAAAAACUUGAGAAAAUGAAAGAGAAGAGAAAAAGAAAACAAGAAAUAAUUGAUCGUAAACAGCAGGAAAGAGAACAAGAAAGAUUAGAAAUAGCCCGUGAAAAAGCAAGAGAACGAGAAGAGAGGUUACUAGCUAGACAAUCUGCCCAAUUAGCUACAGUUGAAGAGUUGCAAAAAAGGAUACAACAAAAACAAGAAGAAAGUGCAAGAAGGCAUGUUGAAUGUAUAGAACUUAUUCGUCAAAAAGCUGUUGAAAUUGGUUUACACAGAAAUACAUUUGAGAAUGUUGCAAAUUGUAUUAAUGUAUAUAAACCUGAUGAACAGCUGAAAUGUGAGAUUUCUCUUAAGGAUCCUGAUUAUCAAAAAAUAAAUAAACUUAAUCAAAAAAAAAGAUUUAAAAAAAUCAAAUCAAGAAUGGCAGUAAAGGGUAACAUGUUUAUUGACUCAAUGGAAUCUUCAGAGAAUGGUUUUUCUGGAAAAGAUUUACAAUUAGAAAAACUAUUGGAAAAACUUAGAGCAUUUUCUCCACAUGAAAUAUACCUUUGGCAGGAUGAGGAAUGUUCAAGCAUUGAUUACAACCUAAAUGAAAUGCUUGUUAUGUUACGAACUAAUCCUACAUUACGAAAUUCAUUUAAACAGUUAAAAGGAUACAUGUUAAUGAACUCAAUCAUUCACUCUUUCAAUCAUUGUGCUCAUGACAGAUUAUCCAUUUGUUCAUUGAAAUGUAUUAUUAAAAUUGUGAAUUUAUGCCAGGUGACUUGUAUUGACAAUCUUGAAAACUGCCAGUAUAUAGUUCUUAGUAAUAUUGUUGUGACUUUGCUGGAAUCAUUAAAACUCUCUAUAAAGAUAUUGAGUUCUUCAAGUAAGUCAUGGGAAAUUUUAGCAGAAGCUUUAUUAAUGAUAUGUUCUAAUACUCUGGAAGGAAUUAAUCUAAUGAAAGAUGACCAGAUCAGACAUAUACCUGAUUUUUCUCUCAGAAUGAAAGAUCUUAUAAGUUACAUUAUGUUCUCUGGUAUUAUGAAUGCAGUGGUUAAUAUAUUCAGAGCUUCAGAGAUUGAUGAAAAGUUUACCCAUACAUCGCUUAUAAUUCCUUGUAUCAGUUUUUUUAGUUCUCUUCUUUCAACAAAAUUUAAGACUGAAGAAUUCAUGAGUAUGUUAAAAACUACAGACCUUUUUGGUACAGUUCCAUUUCUAUAUGAAGGUUUGAUGCAGCAUCUUACAAAAGAUGGAUCUCUGCCAGAUUACAGUUUACCUAUUAUAAAUAUCUUCCUAAAAUUUGCAGAUCUUGACCUGAAAGCAUUUCAGGAUAUACUUGGAAGUGAAGGUAUAGCUCUUCAAUGGAGAGGAAUAGCUAGUGGGUUAAUGAUGUUAUGUGUACGAAAAAAAUAUUUUGGAGAAUUACUUCAUAGUGUUAUAAAAACUGUUGGUUACUUUGCUAUAAAUAAUAAGAAAAAUCAGACUCUCAUUCAAUCUGGAAAACAUCCUACAGUUUUGCAACAACUGGUCAAGUUACCUUUCCAGUAUUUUUGUGAUUCUCGACAUAUGGAGCUGUUGUUUCCCACAUUGAUCGCUUGUUCAUACCAGAAUGCCACUAAUAGGGCUAUUGUGGAAAGUGAAUUAAAUUAUUCUGUUUUGGAAACUUUUAUUUCAUCAGACAUUGGUAGAAAAAGUAAACUCAUGUUGAUUCUUCUUGAAAACCAAAAUGGCAGUGUUGAAGUUUCUUAACAGAACUUCUGGUUCAUCCAUCCAUUUUAUCUAUGUAAGUUAUUUGUUUAAGGGGGGGGGGAAUGGAAAAUAGAUCAGUUUUUCUUUUAGGUUUUCAUUUUUUUGGAAUGUUAUUAGAUAUUUCGGUAAUUAUACAACUACCAUAAAAAAUGUUUCUUAUUUACAUUUUUAACACAUUGACUGUGGAGUAUAAACUAAAAAUAUCCACUAACUAUUGGAUUUUUUUUAUCUUUAACCCUUUAUAUUUAUAAUCCAAUAAUUGUCCUAACAUUUAUCAGAACUUCUCUUCUCUGAAAGUUCUCUAGCUUUCGAAAUUCUGAAACAAUCUGCUGCUCUCUGUUAGGUGACCAGCAUAACAUGCCCCUUGUGUUAGUAAUUUUCAGUAAACCAAUAAUAAGCAUAUAAAAAAAAAUUGAGUCUCAGAUUUCAUAAUCUUUCCUAAAAUGUUUCAACAAAUACAUGAAGACAUUCACAUUCCACUCAUCUAUGCCAUUGUACAUUGUGAGAUUCCCUUUUAUAGAGCCACUUCCAAGUGCCUCCACUGUCCACUGUGAACCCACUCCACAUAUUCCAGUUGAUGUCUCUUCUCUGAAAGACCUCCAACUUUAAAUGUGCCUCAAUAUUUCUUGUCAAUCUUAGCUUAUUAUGCUAUUCUGACCACACUGUUUUCAGUCUUUUGGGUAUGAUUGCAAUGACAACUCAACCUGUGCUAUUAGUUUGAAGUCUUAUUACAUUGUUUCUAAUAUUAUCUUUUCUUUUUUUUUUACAUCCUUACACCUUUUUUAAGUUCCUCAUUUCCAUAGCUUCAUUAUUUUCUCAUUCUUGAUUUUAAAAACCCACAAUUUAGAUGAUUACAUUAAUAUUUGAAAAAAGAUGACUUAUGGAUAUGAACAUUUGUGAUUUUGGUUAAUUCCCUUCUAAUGAUCUUCCUGCUGCAUUUAUUCUCUACUCAGUUCUGAAUAAAUAUAGCUGUUUUUAUCUGGGUGAGCCUCAAGAUAUUUGAAGCAGUUCAUUUUUUCUAACCUGCCAUUGUUAGCUCUUAUCCAUUCUCAUAUUUUGUCAGAGUUUCUUCUCAAUCCUCAUGAUCUUUAUUUUACCAGUGUUUAUAAUCAUAUAUAUUUUUCUUAAUUCCUCCUCUUGGAUUCUAAUAGUAAGUUGAUAUCAAUGUUUGUAAACUCCAUAUUUUCAACAAAUACAAGCAGAUGCAAUGUAACUGGGGUCGAAUUUCUGUUUCUCAGAUGGAAUUUUCUCAUUCUUUCCCUUGCUAAUGCCACCUUUUUAUACCUGUUCUCCCAAUUUUGAUUGGUAAAAAGCAGUUUUGGGCUAUAGACCUUCCCUAUUUUUUUAAUAGAGCUGUAUUGAGUUUUAAGAUUUAAAAGAAAUGUAUAACUCAAUUCAUGUUUAUUUAUUAUUAUAAAUAUGUAAUUUAAGCAUUUGAGGUCUAUAGUAACUAGGGAAAACAAAAUUAAAGAGGAAAUAAAGGUGGGAAAUACUUGCUAUUUUUCAGUUCCAGAAUUACUUAGCUCACACCUUUUGUCCUGAAACUUAAAAGUUAGAAUUUUCAAAACUAUUAUCAUUCUCUCUGUUCUUUAUGGAUGUGGACACCAACUUUGAAGGAGAACUCUAACGUCUUAAGAUCUUAGUAAUGUAUUGGGUAGAAUAUUUGGUCCAAGGAAGGAUGAGUUUAUUGAAGAAUUUAGGAGGUUACACAACAUGGAAUUGUGGAGCAUACAUCAUGUUCAUAUAAUUGAAGUGAUAGUGUCACAUUGGUAGUAAAGUUGGUUGAACCUAAUAAUGAGUGAAUUUCUAAAAUGUUAAUAAACCUUGAAUCGAGUUUUAUAUUUCGGAGAAGUAGACCAUAAUAUAGGUUGGAGGAUUGUGUUAAGACUGGUCAUGUGAAUUGGGAUGUAGACAGUGGUGUGUAAGCGGAUGUAAGUAAUCUUGAUGUAAUGUUAUCAGUAUUGAAUCUUCAUGUACACUAAGCGUUUGAUCAUUAUAAAAUAUAUAAAUUUAUGGACAUCAUUUGCUUCUACACUUCUGAAGACUGGACGUCUUCAUUUAGUUCUAAGAGUUAAACAAUGACCACUCCAACGCAGUCAAUGUGUUUAGCUGAUGUAACUUACAAAAAAGAAAUAUUUAAGAUAAAUAUAUACAGAUAUAAUUGGUUGUUACUUGGAAAAUUAAUUUAAUUGUGUUUAUUUUUACAAUAUUUAUUUUGUUGAGAUUGAAAAUUUCUGAUCUUUAGAGUUAGAUUGCUCUAUUUAUAAACAUAUAAAUUAUUUUAUUUGGUUAAAAAUGAAUUAUAUACUCUUCAAACCACUUUCCUUAAUUACUUUUGCAUUGUAAUGAAUCUAGUUAACUGUAGCCAUGAAUGUUAUGAAAUACAUCAUUUGAUAUUAUGUUUUAUUAUUUAUUUUAAAAUUUAAUUAUUAUUAUAUUAACAUAUUUACUUUUAAAAAAAGUUAAUUUAAUGAUAUUGUUUAUUUAAAACUUAACAUAGUCAUUGACUCUUGUUUUCUCCUUUCCUGGCUUUAAAAUGCACAAGGUGCUAAUAUUAUUAUUUUAUAAUCUUUAUUACGUAGGUUUCACUUCCUAAACUAAUUUCUUUAAUGUGCCAAAUAGUUACUGGCCACUUUGUUACCAUUAUUUACUUAUGAUUGCUUUGAAACUUUAUUUAAUAUCAUAUUCAAUAAUUACAUUAACUCAAUGUGAUAAUAUAAGACGCUUGUAGUUAGGAGUUUGUACAUACUGUUUUAAAGAAUUUAUUUUUUAAUUUUUUAAAUAUUCUAGGAAAGUAUUCUAAUGAUUAGUUUGUUGAAGCUUUAAUAUGUAUUUACUUACAAUAUAGUCUAAUAAUUAAUAUUUAUUAUUUUUAUAUUUUUGUAACAGUUUGAUUAGUAAUUUAAUUUGUAAUUGUUAAGAUCGAAAUAUUAAUAUUGCUGUCUAUUGUACAUAUUUUGAUCUCAUAUUCUUUUUUGUUCAGUUAACUGAUUUUUAGUUUUAUGGACUUAAUAGUUUGUCAUGAAUGUAAAUGAAACUUGAUUGAAAUUUAAAUGAACUUCUUUAUGGACAGUAAAUAGAAAUUAAUGUGCUCUACGAAUUUUAUAUUUUGAAAAAAUAUUUUGUUUUCUUUAAGAAUGUUGUUAAUAACUCUUAAUGAUUAACUUAAAAGUAUGAAGUACUAUAUUUUGAUUUGGUGAAGAAAAAAAAGUGUAUACCCUGAAACAAAAUAUAGGAGCUAGUUUUAAUCUUCCCUAAUGGUUGAUUGUUUAUGUUUUCAUUGAAGACAGCUCAUUAAAUAAUUUAUAUUUUAUCUUUUACAUUCAUUUAGCACUUAAUAUUAUCUAUUCCAUGUCAAACAAAGUAGUUUUUCUUUUUCUUUCUAUCCAUUCACAACUUUUAUACAGGUCACAGUUUCAUUAAAACAUUAUUAUUUAUAUUUGACUUUUCAUCUACAUUCAUUUUAAGUAUGUAUUUUUUUUUAAUUGUUAAAAAAAAUAUCAGUUCCAUAUUAUUUGUCUAUUAUUGGCUUGAUGAAAAAGUUGUAAGGGUUUUAUUACUUGUUCUAAAAUUAAAACUGUUAAUCAAU